AUGACUCAUCAGGAAACUUGUCGCUUUCAGACCAUGGAGGGUGUCGCGUUGAGAUGGGGAGCUGCAACAGUUGUGCUGCAAGGACUGCUGGCGAUGAUCUUUCUUAUUUCAGGUACCAGUUAUUGCUAUUGGGAUGUCCUCUAGUUGCAGACCUGGGUGGUUGGGUGGGAGCCAACUAGAUUUGCACAGAAAAACAAGAAAGAAUCCUAAGGUGUAUGGAAAAAGUUCAGAAAGGGGCAACCAAAAGGGUUCAAGGGGGUGGUAGAGCAUGAGAAGCUUAAUCUCAGGGUCAUGGGUUUGAGCCCCAUGUUGGGCAAAGGAUUCCUGCAUUUAACAUGUACAUAAGGACUCUCCUUAAGGGCAGAGGGAUGUUAACUCUUGCCCUUCCAGACUCCUUCUUCAAGAUCUUGUAGUUGAGCCAGCAUCCUUUUAGUUCAGCAACAAGAAAAAUGAAUGAUAUCGUAUGUAGCCAGUUUAAGCUGCAGCUCACUUAGCCGGGGGGCCUUAGAUCUGAGUCUAAUACACUAGAAUUUUUUCUUAGAUUAAUGUAAACAAAGUAACAAAGUAACAAACAGAAACCUGGACAUUUAAAAAUCCUCCCAGACAGAAAUUUCAAGGAAAAAGAGGACAUACUACUACUACAUACCCUACUCCGGAUGUUUCCUAGAUAGUGAACGUCGUAUGACUUGCUUAAGUCACAUUUUUGGGGCUGCUGGUUGGGAGGAGUGUCUCUAUGAUGUGGGUUCUCUACCUGUGGGAGAAGGGACCCAGCGGCCGAGGUGGACUGGCUGUUCCUGUCUUUGCUGAAAUCUGCAUUUCUCUUGCGAUGCGUACAAAGCUUUCACGAGCAUUCCCACCCCAGUGGGUGGGUCCCCCGUCUGUUUUGUGAGUGCUAGUGGGGAGGAGUUUCUCUGUGACGUGGGUUUAGCCCUGUCUGCGAGGAGGAGAAGGUCUGGGCUGCAUCAAGUAAAGAGAAGGCGUAGUCACGUCCCCCAGGAGCUUUCCCGGAAAAUGAAUAUGGUUUGAUUUGCUUCAUGCUGGCACUCAGUAGAGAGGCAAUGGCUAAGCAGCCUAAUGUAGUGUUUUUAAAGUUGUGGGAAAACCUACCCAGGGAGAAACAGGAAAUGAAGAAGACCUGAGCCUUCUGCUCCCCUCCCGCUGAAGAGGGAGAAGUGGGGAGGAGAUGUUUCAGCUCUUUCUUCUGAGUGACAGCUGUCAGCCAAGAAUCUGUAUCCUGCCUCUAAGCAAAGGCAGUAAAAGCAUUCAGACCAGGAACUGUGAAGUGUGCUCCCAUGGAGCUGACUGCCUCCACCCAUAUAUAGUUUUGGUUCAAACUUUACUUUCAAACCUACACUGUGCUGUAGGUUUUUCCCAUUAUUAUUCUCUAUAUUCUUCAUUAAAAGAUAAAAAGUGCAUAAUUACAAGUGCACAGAGUAAGAUAAGACACAAAACAGAAGAAGAGACGAAAAGAAAGAAUACCCAGGUAGAAAACUUUAUUUUUCAUUUUUAUAAAUAAAGUAUUAGGUUAAGUUUUAACUACAAUACCUUGUUGGGGUUGGGGCUAAUACCUAUAAUUUGGUUGUCAUUGUUCUCUUUUGUAAGUUUACAUCUGACUGUUGUUGGUGCGAGUUGGAAUCCAAUAUCUGGCAUUGGACUAGAUGCUCCUCGUGGUCCCAUCCAACUCUAUCAUUUAAUAAAGCUCUAGGACUGGCCUUUUUGACAUCCGUCUUUCGUAUCCACAUAUUAAACCACUCACUCAGGCCCUUCCUUUGGGCCUGCGGGUCAGAACAUGGAUUUGGCGCAAAUCUUUGCCUCCUAAGAACUUCUGCUUUCAUUUUAAAAGGGGGAAACCUAUUUCUAGUCCCUGAUGAUUUCAAGGCAGAAAGACAUUGCUAAUAGAUUCUCCAGCAUCUCAUACCCUUUCUCCCCACACUUCUUUUCAGGAAUUUCUGCCUUGAAGUGUCAUAGCUCCAGCACCGUGAAACUUACCACUCCACGCAAGGGCAACACCACGUCAAAUACUUACACAGGACGUGGCAUUAGAAACUGCUCCCAUGCUGAAAAUGUUUGCACAGAUGCACAACUUACAUUGACUAUUGGUAAGUGCUGCUCGGUCAGAUGAAUCCUGUGUGGCUGCAAGAUUUUUGAGAGAGGAAAAGCAUGAAAUUACUUGCAAUCCCUAAAAUUCCCAGCGGGAUUACCUGGGGCCUGAAAUGAUGCUUUGCAUGCAUUCAGAAUUGAGGUAUUUAAAAUGUGUUUUGAUUCAUUUUAUUUUCUAUUUGCACAUGUUGGGGUUUUUUUUGUUUUUGUUUUACUUUGUACAGCGCAUGUGCAGCAUCGCUACAUACACCGCAUGCGCUGUACGUAGCGAUGCCGCACAUGCGCUGUACAAAGUGGUUUGCCGCUGGCGCUUCUCCAUCGCCUUACGGACAGUGGUGGGAACCCUUCCUCGCCGCUACAGCCACAUGCAAGCAAUCCUCCGUUCGCAGCUGCAGCCACGAGCAGAGCAUCCCAGCACUGUCCAUACGGCGCUGGAGAACCAUCGCCGGCAAACCGCUAUCUACAACGCAUGUGCAGCGUCGCUACGGUGUCAUACAUAGCUAUGUCGCAUAUGCGCCCUAUGUAGCAACGCCCUGCCUCAGGUGUCACGAUGCCUUCCUUCGCCCCUGCUUCUGGUAGCCGCUGAUGUCUGAGUCGCUCCCUCCCACUCCAAAGAGAGUUGCCUUCUCACACUGCCCCACAGGGGCCUGGGAAGAGGAUACCUCCAGCCUUAGUGGCCCAACGGAGACUUGGCCAAAGGCGAACGUGAGGACAGCACCUUACCUUGGGAGGCUGCAGUGACAGCAACAGGCACUUAGCUCCCAGGCAAGCUUUGUACACAGCAAGCACAAGAAAGGCCAGUGUGGCGCCUGGCUGUCUGGCCUCCCACUAGUCUGUCCACUCUCAGCAGCAAGGGCUGGUAGACUGGCUGGGCUUCCUCACCUACUUGCUUGCUUACUCCGUGGCCGUCUCAGCUCCUGGCAACAAGCACUACCUGGCCAGCCCCUGAGGCACCAUCCAUCUGGGGAGCUUAUAGCCAGGGCUGCUGCAACGAACAGCUGUGCAAGCCUUUGGGAGGCAGAGACGAGAGAGGGCACAUCAGAGGAGGGAGGGAAGGAAAGAAAGAAGGACAGAGGCCAAUGUUGUCCAUGGCAUCCCUGACCAUCAUUCAAGGCACCCCAGGGUGCCACUGCACACUAGUUGAAAACCACUGUCCGCGUUUAUUAGAAUAAACCACAGUUCCUGGGCACAAAGAAAAGAAAAGAAAAGAAAAGGAUAAGGGAGGCUGGUGUAGACUUCCAUUGUGUUCUUUUUUUAUAUAUAAACUUUAUUUUCAGUUUUCACAAGAUUACAAAUACACACCUUACAAACACAUAUAUUAUUUUCCCCAACCCCUUUUGUGGUUCCUUUUCUACUUUAGCUUUAACACUGCAUGUUCCACUUUACUCCAUUUUAAAGUUAUUCUUUCAUUUAUCUUAGUAAUAUUUAAGUUAAUCCUACUAAUGAAGUUAUUAGCAUGCCAGAACUUUUCAGAUAUUCUACAAAUUUCCCCUUUUCUUUAACCCCCCCCCCCAGUUUCUUAUUACACCCAUCACUUUUGCCAUUUCAGUAUAAUCCAUCAAUUUAAUCAGCCACUCUUCCUAAGUUGGUUCAGCAUUUUCUUUACUCCUCUGGGAAAGCGCCAUUCUGGCUCCAGCCCUUCCUUGUGUUCUGCAUGCUUGAAAUGAAUAUGCAUCUUACUUGCCUCAGAGGAGGAUUUGGAGAUGUGAGAGUGUAGAAAAGCUCUGGAUUUUGCAUGGGUAGAAUGCAGGCUGCCGUUCUAUGGGAAGAGCCACACCCAUUGCACCAUCCAGUAUUCCUUCUGCCCCUUGCGUCACAGGACAGACAGGUGGCCCACAGAUGCUUGAUCACAUUCUUGGGCUGGUUUCCAAUUCAGCUGUAUAAGGCUUUUGAGGUAAACAGCUGCCAGGAAGUGUGUCAUGAGGAAAUAGGAAGAAGUAGGAAGUGGGAAGAACUAUCAGCAUGUUCUAGGGGCACUCACAUGACCAAAAUCACCCCCACCCAUGGCACCAAGCUAGACAUGAACCAGUGGGAGGGGAAGGGGGGAUUGGCAGCUACCCCACCCUGCAUUGAGUUGCCCAUACAUCUGGAAUUUUCCAGGCAUUCCUGGAAUUCGGCCGUCGCAAACAGUGUCUGGGUAGAAAUCACUGGAAUACAGCAAUACCUCCAUGAACGUCCGCCUUGUCCAGCAUCCAUUCCGGCGAAUGUCCGCGGCAAACCCGGAAGUACCAGAAUGGGUUACUUCUGAGUUUGCUUCUCGCGCAUGCACAGACACACUAAAUCGUGCUUCGUGCAUGCACAGAAGUGCAAACCACUCCACGUCUGUGUGCAAACACGGUGCUUUGCCCUGCAUCCUUUUCGACUACCAGCCGGGGCUCCAGAACGGAUCCCGGCCACAAAACAAGGUACAACUGUAUCCGGGCAUCAACAACUUUGGGCAAAACAAAAAGGCUUAACAACUUUGGCCAAAAACAGAAACUUUUGUGUCCAGAUUUUCAGUUUUUGAAAUAUGGCAACCCUAACCCCACCAAAAUAAAUCAGCCGCAGAGCAAAAAUUGUGAAAGUAAGGUCUUUGGAACACCCUGCCACAGCAUCAAUCUAUUGUUUGUAUUUAUACAUCUCUCCCCCUCCCCCGCCUUUUAGAUAAAGAGGUUUUGAUAAUGAGCUACAAAGGCUGCGCCAGCAAAGACCUUAUGGAUGGAACAAAAUCAGUCACCUCUGGUGACCGACACUUUGCCAUCCAAUUCGACCAGAGCUACUGUUUCGGUGACCUUUGCAAUGCGAAAACGAGAAAAGUUCUCAAGACCUCUAUCAAGGACAAAGGUAUUUUUUGGGGGGGUGUAGAGGGCCACCAGAGAGGAAAGUGUGAACUCACAGUUUCACUUGUUGGGCGGGUGGUUGUCGAUAGGGAGGCUUGAAGAUAACACUUUACCAUCCAGUUUGACGAGAGCUACUGUUUUGAUGACCUUUGCAAUGCGAAAAUGGAAAUGAGGGAAGUUCUCAAGACCCCUAUAGAGGACAGAGGUAUUUUUUUAAUAGGCCACCUGACCAUUAAAUGAGAACUCACAGUUUCACUUGUUUGGCAGGAGGUGGUCAAUAGGGAGGCUGCCUUGAAGUACAGUGGUACCUUGGGUUACAGACCCUUCAGGUUACAGACUCCGCUAACCCGAAUGUAGUACCUCGUGUUACGAACUUUACCUCAUGAUGAGAACAGAAAUUGUGCAGCAGCAGCACGGCGGCAGCGGGAGGCCCCAUUAGCUAAGGUUUCAGCUUAAUAACGGACCUCCGGAACAAAUUAAGUUCUUAACCAGAGAUACCACUGUGUUCAAUUUUGGAGAUUUCUAAGGCAAGUGGCUAGGGACUCAGGUGGCGCUGUGGGUUAAACCACGGAGCCUAGGACUUGCCGAUCAGAAGGUAGGCGGUUCGAAUCCUUGCGACGGGGUGGAGCUCCUGUUGCUGGGUCCCUGCUCCUGCCAACCUAGCAGUUCGAAAGCACGUCAAAGUGCAAGUAGAUAAACAGGUACCGCUCCAGUGGGAAGGUAAACGGCGUUUCCAUGUGCUGCUCUGGUUCUCCAGAAGCGGCUUAGUCAUGCUGGCCACAUGACCCAGAACUGUCUGCAGACAAACGCCAGCUCCCUCGGCCUAUAGAGCUAGAUGAGCGCGCAACCCCAGAGUCGGUCACGACUGGACCUAAUGGUCAGGGGUCCCUUUAUCUUUACUAAGGCAAGCGGCCCUGUUCCCCAACUCUUGGGCUUACGUGCUAUAGAAAAGGUAACCCUGCUUCCCAAGAAAUGUACAAGACUGUGUGCUUUAGGGUGUAAUUUAGCAGCGAGAACAUGAGGAAAGAUUUGAAGGGACCUAUGAGGGGAGUGGGAAUAUAGGGUGCACUGCAGGGUUGUGUGAGCUGGGGGAUAUAGGCGAGGGGUGAGUGAGGGUAAAGGGGAGGUACUUGUUCAGGUGUGGGGUUUGGCAAAGGGUUUGGUGGGUUUGGCAAGUAGAGAAAGCAGGGGCAUCAGCUCCUAAUAUGUGCAAAAAUUGCACACACCUAUAAGUUUGAGAACUGCCUCACAAAAUUCAGGAAAGUGUGGAUUUUGAAGGAUAACACUUCACUUAAUGCAUCCACAUAAACGCAUACCAAUUCACUUCGGUGGGUUUACUCUGAGUACGAUUAAGAUACCCAUUGCUUUGAAAAGGGCAAAUUAAGUAGCUUCACUUUGAUAUGCAAAGCAAAUCAAAAUAUUCUCCCCCUAUCAUUAUUUAAGAGACAGGGAAUAGGGAGAGACUCCUACAAAGGGGAGUGGCCUUUUUCAAUUCAGACCCACUACAGCUCUUCAUUUUGAUUUCUUACUCCAGUAACAGGCUCCAACCAGUGUUACUCGGGAUUUGGUUGGGGCAGCAGUUGGGGCAUCAAGGAGACUAUGAAAUGCAGCAAAGACUACGACCGGUGUUACCAAGGCAGCAUGAACAUUACUGUUGAAACAGGUGGAGGAGGUGAGUUUGCUUAGGAAAUUUCUUCCACAGCUCCUGCCCUCCGAAAUACUCCCCCUCCCCGCAAACUGGGCUCACUUCCACCAUCAGAACCUGGUGGUUGCGGAAGGCUAGGACUUGUUAGGAAGCAUACUUUGGCAUCAACUGUUCAACACCCCUCUUCCCUUGGAGAUUAGGUGGGUCCAAUGCUCAGAUUAUGGGAUAAAGUUGCUUCACUCUUGACCUCUAAUUUUACCAUACCAUGCCCUGCUUCCCUUCUAAAAAUAUUAUUUAAAAGCUGUGUUUGUGCUUUAAUUCAAGAAGUGAUGGUUGGUGGCCAGAAACAAGGCCUUCCUUCUCCAUGAUGGUAAAUUGGCUAUGGAAUGCACUUAUGUUUUAGGCAGAAGGUCAAAACAAUUUCACCUGCCCACGUGUUAGAAACUUUGAUAUAUAAUCAAAGUGUCAAUGGCUCCUUAAACCAAGGUGACAGUCGCCAAAACAGAAUGUCUACUUGCUCUAAAGUCUUAUUUUCCAAAUGACGGACUGACUAUGAUUGAUUCUCAGUUAAACCCCUGGCCAGUUCAGAUGGCCACCUUGAGCUAGGUUAAGAACUUUAAGUUCUCAAAGAAGAAAAAUUUCUUCAUCCAGGGAAAGUCCACAUAUACAUUGUCCUAUUCCUACCUCUUUUUCUUAAUGGCGACAUGGACCAUUCAUAACGUAAGAAUAUUCUUAACAACUGUGAGCAGGGCAGUGGGGUGAGGAAAGUGAAGACAAGCAAAAACAAUUAGCUAGAACGUUGUUCGCUGCUCCUGCUCCUGAAAAAGCAUUUUGGUUCCUGAAAUUCAUUCCGAUUGUGCAGAUCAAAAUAUAACAGAUAGAAUACUACAGGAUAUGGUAUUAGUGUGUGAAAACAGUCAAGAUUCGGUGAUCCCCAGGCUGGGACCUCCAGAUGGUGGAGAUGUUAGGUGUCAUCCUGACACUUGGUCACAGGUAGCCGAUAGCAGGUGCAAAAUGUGCCUGGCUAAAUUCAAACACUGCUGCCCACGUCUUACUUGAAGACUGCUUUCUUUACAGCAGCCUUUGCCAGCCCUGGUGCCCUCUAGAAGUUGGCUGGGCUGAUGGGAGUUGGAGUCCAUGACAUAUGGACAGCCGCAAGUUGGUGAAACCUGAAUUACUGCUUCACUGUGGCUCCCUCUCUAUUUAUGCUGAUUUAUUCCCUUUUUAGGGUAAUUGCAAGGGGCCUUUUGGUGAGAUGAUGUCUUAAAUGUACCAUCUUUUUAUUAUUAUUAUUAUUAUAAUAAUAAUCAUAAUAAAUCUGCAGCAAGCUGCUUUGAGGAUUUGGGCACACUGAAAAAUGGGAUGUGACAAGCUUUUUCUAAAUGAAAUAAAUGCAUCUUACUCAGGUUCAAAUGUGACAGAUAAAAAACACAAAGCAGAAUGAAAACAGAAUAAAAUAUAUUGCGCUGUUAAAAUAAACAAUUAAGAUACUUCUUAAAGCCAAACAUUAUAGAAUCAUAGAACAUAGAAUUGUAGAAUUGGAAGGGACACCAAGGGACAUCUAGUCCAACCACCUACGAUGUCAGAAUCUGCCUCCUGGAGUAAUUUAACUUACUCACACAAACAUUUCGCCUCAAAAAUGCCACUCUGAAGCAAAACAGGCCUCUUUUCCAGAGGUGUGGGGGCCCUGCCUCCUAAUAACUCAUGGGUGUGGGUUACGCCCUCAGGCUCCAUGUACUUCACAAUUCCCUGUGGCAUCUCAAUUCAUGCUGGGAGAAGUGGGCCAACAUUCCCCCAUACCUAACAUGUUGUGUCUUUCUUGUCCUCCCUUCUCUUCCACAACAGCAUUCAGCUCCAUGCGCAUGAUUCUCAGGACCUGCCAGCGCUCAGCCUGCGAUGUUCUAAAGAGCCAGUCCUUCGGCCCUAUAAAUAUCACCAGUGAGUCGGGGCCUUGCUGCUCCGGCAGCAAAUGCAAUUGGAAGGAUGAUGGCUUUUCAUACAAUAUGAGAAGCACUGCCAUGCCAAACCUCUUUACUGAUCAGGAUGAGGAUGUUAACCUUGGACGUGCAAAAGAGCCUGUCACCCUGGAGUCAGGGUUCCAAGGGCUCAGCCCUCAACUUUGCCCUCUCCUGGCAGUCCUGGGAACCACCAUCCUUGGGAUAUGGGGGUGA